AUGGCCUCCACAGACUCGCAGAUCAAUCAUGCUGCCUCUCUCAAAUACUGGAAUAGUGUGCCUGCCACCCCAGGCAGCAUGCUCGGAGAGUUUCCAUCGGUGUCGCGCAUCGAUCUGCAAGGGUCCAAAAACUUCCUAGCCAAAGUUCGUCGCUUGAUUCCAGGUGUUCCAUCAGAGGGCAAAUUCAAACAAGGCCUAGACGGUGGUGCCGGAGUCGGACGCGUGACAGAGGGAUUUCUCAGCCAUGUCUGCGACGUUGUAGACGCGGUAGAGCCGAUAGCCAAAUUCACCCAAGUCAUGCAAGACAGUCAAUUGAAAAGGGACGGUGUGAUCGGCGCCAUCUACACGCGGGGGCUGGAAUCGUGGAUUCCGGAAAAGAAGUACGACCUAAUUUGGGUGCAGUGGUGUGUGGGCCAUCUGACAGAUUCUCAACUUGUCGAUUUCACCGUCCGCUGUCGCAAUUCCUUGACGCAUGAUGGAUUGAUGGUGGUGAAGGAGAAUCUGUCGACGCAAAUCUCGGGGCAGGAUAUGUAUGAUGCCGAGGAUAGCAGUGUGACGAGAACGGAUGCGAAGUUCAGACAGAUCUUCGACGCCGCGGGGAUGGAAGUCAUCAAAGCCGAGCUGCAGAAGGGAUUCCCGAAGAGCUUCAACCUAAUGCCCGUGCAAUCAUAUGCUUUGCGGCCCAAGGCUACGAAUUAG